CCCGUCAAGGACAACUCUCAACCCGGCUGACCGAAAACGCUACAAAUUUUUAACAUCCGGGCACUUUUGCCGCUCAUCGGGGAGGUAGCCAUUUUUGAGACGAGGAAUAAGCGUUUGGUUUCGACCUGACUGAAAAUGGAGAUGCGUCGUCCGUUUGAUCCUUUGGCACACGAGUUGGAUCCCAAUUUCCGACUCACGAAAUUUGCUGACCUAAAGGGAUGAGGGUGUAAAGUCCCCCAAGAAGUUUUGCUCAAACUUCUUGAGGGACUCACACAGGACAGCAAUGCCCAGGAUGCGGAGCAGGCGCAUUUCCAAUAUGCGACCCCGUCUCCAAGAAUUGGCAUUGGAAUGGAUUCAUCUAUCACUCCCCUUCGUCAUGGUGGUUUGUCACUUGUACAAACCACUGAUUUCUUCUAUCCCCUCGUUGAUGACCCAUACAUGAUGGGAAAGAUCACAUGUGCAAACGUCCUGAGUGAUCUGUUUGCCAUGGGUGUCACAGACUGCGACAACAUGCUGAUGUUGCUGAGCUGCAGCAACAAAAUGACGGACAAGGAGCGCGAUGUCAUCAUUCCCAUCAUCAUGCGUGGAUUCAAGGAUGCAGCAGAAGAAGCCGGAACUCAAGUAACUGGUGGCCAAACAGUGAUUAAUCCAUGGAUGACCAUCGGCGGUGUGGCAACCUCAGUGUGUCAGUCUAAUGAGUACAUCAUGCCUGACAACGCUGUGGUGGGAGAUGUCCUGGUACUGACCAAGCCCCUGGGUACCCAGGUGGCCGUGAAUGCCUACCAGUGGCUGGACCAACCCGAGAGGUGGAAUCGCAUCAAGCUGGUUGUGUCGGAGGAUGAUGUGCGUAAAGCAUACCAGCGAGCAAUGUUCAGCAUGGCAAGGCUUAACAGGACAGCUGCAAGGCUGAUGCACAAAUACAAUGCCCACGGAGCCACUGAUGUCACUGGCUUUGGACUCCUUGGCCAUGCAAACAACCUGGCCAAGGUGCAGAAAAACGAGGUCGGCUUCGUCAUUCACAACUUACCCGUCAUUGCCAAAAUGGCCGCCAUCAGCAAAGCAUGCGGCAACCUGUUCGGUCUUUUGCAAGGGACAUCAGCAGAAACUUCGGGUGGUUUGUUGGUCGCCCUCCCAAGGGAACAAGCAGCCGCCUUCUGCAAGGACAUUGAGAAACAGGAAGGCUAUCAGUCCUGGAUCAUAGGCAUUGUGGAGAAAGGCAAUCGCACAGCCCGCAUCAUAGACAAGCCUCGUGUCAUCGAAGUCCCAGCCAAAGACCGAGAUGGGGAAUUGUGGUAGACUAGCAGUGCAAGCCGAGCCAUUCUUUUUAUCUUUCUUUUUAUAAAGCAACCAGUCAUUACUUUGUAUGAGCAUCAUCCAUCCAAAAGUUUUAGCACUGUUGGCCAGUCCGUUCAUUUUAUGUAUCCAGCAUGUCAUCCACUUGUGUGUUCACACUGCUUGCUUUAUUCAUCGUUGCUUUGUUAGGUGGAAAGGAUAUUAUGGAGAUGGAAUCUAUGAAAAUAUUUCUCUUUGGCUUCUGGGUUUUUAACAUUUACAGGAAGGGGAUUCUGUAACUGGUAGUACGAAUAGCUCAUGACACAGAGGCUGUGGCCCUGUUUUUAGAUCUCAAUUUUGUGUCAUAAAAGUUCUGUUUCUACCAAUAAUAAGUAGCUUUUGUAAUGCUCUUUUUCUUUCUGCAAUGAUGCAGUCUCAUGCUGCUUUCUUGUAAAGCAAUGAUAGAGCCCAUUUCAUAAGCCACUUACUUUUCUGCUAAUAAAAGAAUGGUUCUUUUAUCAUAACCCAUAUUGUUUAUCCCAGCUUUCAAGCUACAGUGUACUUCCCUCAAGUAAAAGAAUCGUUCAUUGAUUUUUAAACAGAAUUCAAUAAAACUCCCAAUCAUGAUACAAAUUGAUAGUGAGAAAAAAGUACCGCUUCAUCAUUCCUGACCAGAGCCACAUGUGUGCCCUGAGCAAGUACACACGCGCUGCACUGGCAAGGAAGCGUUAGGUCAAAGCCCUUUAUUUUGAGAGGUGGUCUAAUUCUUUCUCUAUGAAACUGAAUAGGUUAAAGACCCCUGUCCUAGUGUGGUCGCUUAUUGGUUUGAUGUGUCUCCACUGAAAGCACUAGACCUUAAUAUUGUGGCUUUGUCUGACAGUUCAUGCUUUCGAUGUUUGUUUUGUCCUCCCCAUCUCAUCAGCACUUCAUCACACUAUCGGUUGGAAUUCAAUAAAUUUAAAAAAACUUGAA